AUGAGCCACAAGCACCAGGCGGAGGGCCUCGGAGACGCAGACGACGACGAGCCCAGCAGCACAGACCCGGGCCCCCCCCGGAGCCGGCAGCCCAACGGCUCCUCAGCGGAGCGCCGGUCCUGGAGGCCCUGUCAGACGCAGAGCCCGGACGGAGAACCGGGUCACCCCCACCACCACCACCACCACCACCCCCCCCAACACCACCCGGCCCCGUCGGCCCGCGGGCCCCCGCGACAGCGCCGGCGGCCCACGUCCGGCACGGGGCCGGCCCAAGGCCAGGGCCGUCCCGCCGAGGGGAUGGUCCCGGACGCCGAGCCACAGCCCGUGUCGCACCCCCGCCCGGGCGUCUCCCGCUACCGGCGCAUGGGCGACCCCAACCCCCGGCUGAGGGGCCCCAGGCAGAGGCCGCCGGGCGGCGAGGCCACGCCCCAGCAGCGGCCCCCCCCCCUGCACGGGCCCCAGAGCGAGGGCCCGUUGGGCCCGGCUCAGCGGGCCUCGCAGCACGGGGAGGGUCCCGAUCAAGCCCUCCCGACGCAGGCCGGGUCCGACCCCCCCGCCCGGGAAGACCCCCUCCCCCGCCCACGCACCGACUCCCCCGUCGUGGAGGAAGACGCGGCGGCUGUGGCGGGUCGCCACGGUUACGUCCACGACCACACCCAGGCCUUUGAGGACUGGAGGGAGGACCCCGCGCUGGAAGAGGAGGAGCGGGAGGAGGAAGACGAGGGAGUGCGACGCGGCGGCGCGGAGGAGAGCCUCGCCCCAGAGUCGGAGGCCAACGACCUCUGCUCCGACACGGAGAGCGCCGCCUCGCUGAGCAUGGAGGGCCACCUCCACAGCCCCCCGCCGCUGCACUCCCCCACGCCUCCCUCCUCCCCGGUGGCCUCCCCCUUCCCCCACCUGGACCGGUACGACGAGGACGCCGGCCUGAGCCCCGGCACCCCCGACCAGGACCCUCUCCCGGACGCCGACGAGGACGGCUCGGUCCACUCCGUGUCCUACGCCUACCCCAAGACGUACGCAGACUUUUACUCCGAGUCCCACUCCAAGUCCUGUCCCCAGCCGCUCGGCGAGACCCACCCGGAGCCCUACACCAAGUCCUACCCGGACUCCUUCCCCGAGGCCCUCGUCACCCCGUACCCCGAGCUGGGCCGGGAGCCCCACCGGAGGCGGGGCGGGAGGCGCGAGUCCUGGGACGAGGACGAAGAGGAGUCCUACCGAGAGCCUUCCUCGGAGCACCGCGGCGGCCCGGAGGACGUGCAGAAGGGCGACCCGGCCUCCCCCUCCGGACGGGGCAGCCCCCAGCCCCGGCUCUCCAGAGACCUCAGCUCCUUCCAGAGCCACGCCUGCCAGAGCCGCUCGGUGGGCUCCCGGCUGCACCACUACGACGGCCAGUCCGACGGCGAGGGCGACAGCACCGACGGCAGCCUCAGCUCCCGGAGCGCGGCGGCGGAGCGCGGGACGCCCCGGGGGGGGAAGGACACAGCCCAGGACGGGGGCGCGGCCGUCCCGGCGCCGGCCGGCCAAGGGGACGCCUCCCGGUCCAACGAGCAGGCCGGGCAGGGAGAAGACCCCGGGAAGGGAUCCGGGGACGCCAUCAGCAUGGCCAUCAAAGACAUCAAGGAGGCCAUAGAGGAGGUGAAGACCAAGACGGUGAGGUCCCCCUACACGCCGGACCAGCCCGUGGAGCCCAUCUGGGUGAUGAGGCAGGACGUCAGCCCCACGGAGGAGGGCUACCAGACGACCGGGGGCUGUCACGGCGGGUCCAUGUCGGAGUCUCCCGACCACUACGGCUCGGCGGUGCUGCGGGACCCGGGCAGCCCCAGCCUGGCCCAGCAGCCCCAGCUGAGGGAUCGCGAGGGAGCCCGGCAGACCCAGCCCUACGUCCAGCCGCAGCCCUACCCGCCACCCGUUCUACCCAAUCAGCAGCAGAGGCCGGCGCCGGCCAAUCAGCCGCCAGCAGGCCAGCCCCCGUCCCCCAGUCUGGCCCAGCAUCCCUCGGUGCAGGAGAUGCGCAGACCAUUGCACUCUUUUCCAACAUUUGUGGAAGUCCCAGGACCAUGUGACCCAGAGGACCUGAUUGACGGCAUCAUUUUUGCUGCCAGCUACUUAGGCUCCACCCACCUGCUGUCUGAGCGCACGCCCAGCAAGAGCGCGCGCAUGCAGCAGGCCCAGGAGGCCAUGCACCGAGUCAGGGCUGCUCAAAAGCAGGCAAAGAACAGGAAGAAGAGUACAGAAGCAGAGACGCCCUCUACUGGCGAGGUGGACCUCUUCAUGUCCACGCAGAGGAUCAAGGUUCUCAACGCAGACACUCAGGAGGCCAUGAUGGACCUGCCGCUCCGGACCAUCUCCUACAUCGCCGACAUCGGCAACAUGGUGGUGCUGAUGGCGCGGGGCAAGAUGGUGCGGUCCCGGAGCGCCACACAGGAGCCCCUGGAGCCCAGCGGCGAGCAGGAGACCCUGUCCGGGGACGACCGCCGCCUCUACCGCAUGAUCUGCCAUGUGUUCGAGUCCGAGGACGCCCAGCUCAUAGCCCAGUCCAUCGGCCAGUCCUUCAGCGUAGCCUACCAGGAGUUCCUUCGCGCCAACGGCAUCGACCCGGAGGACCUGAGCCAGAGGGAGUACAGCGACCUGCUCAACACUCAGGACAUGUACAACGACGACCUCAUCCACUUCUCCAAGUCAGAGAACUGCAAAGACGUUUACAUCGAGAAGCAAAAAGGCGAGAUGCUGGGCCUGGUGAUCGUGGAGUCGGGCUGGGGCUCCAUCCUCCCAACCGUCAUCAUCGCCAGCAUGAUGCACGCUGGGCCGGCGGAGAAGUCGGGCCGGCUGAACAUCGGGGACCAGAUCAUGACCAUCAACGGGACGAGUCUGGUGGGGCUUCCCCUCAACACCUGCCAGAGCAUCAUCAAGGGUCUGAAGUCCCAGUCCAGGAUCAAGAUGAACAUCGUGCGGUGCCCGCCCGUCACCAUGGUGCUGAUCCGUCGGCCCGACCUGCGCUACCAGCUGGGCUUCAGUGUGCAAAACGGCAUCAUCUGUAGUCUGAUGCGGGAGACGGGCAUCGCUAUGAGAAGGGAGGGGUCCGCAGUCGGCCACCAGCAUCAUCGAGAUAACAGCCACAGAGUGUGGCAGUGGCCACCACCCCACGAGAAGAUUGUCCAGAUCCUGUCCAACGCCAUGGGAGAGAUCCACAUGAAGACAAUGCCUGCUGCCAUGUACCGUUUGCUGACCGCACAAGAACAGCCCGUCUACAUCUGAGAGCCUGACUACCCCUAUCCUACCCCCUACCAACCUACAUCCUACCCUCUGACCCUACA